AUGAUUCCAGGUAGCUUUCCAGAAAUCCCGCUCGUCAAUAGGCGGUUCAAUCCGCUUGUCACUCAACCGGUAUCUUACAGUCUCACCGCGGGACGUCGUUCCCGAUCAAGGCCGUACUAUACAUGCACGCAAAGCGAUCCGACUCUUGAAUUCUCGUUCUCAGCGAUCCCUGAAAGGGAUGAUGCUCCUAGUCCGACUGCUUCUUCAACCAGCUGCAAGCGGCGCAGAGAAGAGAUUCGACAGGUCUCUUCUUCUUGGGGCGAGGCUCAUCAGCAAAAUCCUCUCAAUAUAUUGCCACGUGGAUCAAGGAGAGCCGGCACUACUUCAAACCUCGAAAGUCGAUCGCUACCCCACCAAGGCCAAGACACCUCAUUGUCGCCAAUAACUCGGAAGACUGCUAGGUCGACUCACGAAAAACUACGUGAGUUGCUGGAGAGCCCCCUGGCCCCCAAAGAGGGUCCAGGUUUCGUGUAUGUUCUUCGCGAUCCAAAGAGUCCUGAAUCGGGGUUCAAGAUUGGUGUAACCACAAGGCCGUAUGAUUAUCGGACCACAGAGCACCGUAAAAUCUGUCGAUUCGUCCCGGAUGUACGCUACGUGUCGGGCAAUGGCAUUCCGUACUGUGGUCUGUUGGAAAGGCUGGUGCAUGCUGACUUGGAAGACCACCGCCAGCUGCGUCCCUGUGGGGAACACAAGUAUACUAAUCGUGGGAAGCAGCACGAGGAGUGGUUUGUUGUGAGCGAGGAUUUUGCUAAGGAUACUGUCAAGAGAUGGGAAACGUUUUUGCGCCGAGAAAAGCCCUACAAUCUUGGACACUUGAACAUUGUGUGGAAAUAUCUGCUCGAGGAAAGAUCGCCAAUAUCCCUUGAUGUACUGGCUUGGUCACACGACGACCGUCGCGCGCAAUGGACGAAGAUACUGGCACCUUUAACGAGAUACGAUCAUAUUAAGGCUUAUCACGCAUAUGCCAGGACUCAGCUCACAAACAUUUGCAUCACUGCAUCCCGCGUCCAGUUCUACCUACGAAAAUUCUUCUGGCAGUUCUCAACGCUAUUCUACAGCUUAGUUACCCUUGUUCUAUGUCGAAACUCGGUGGCAUUUUCCGCAUUCGUUGUCGUUCUUGGAUUUUCCAUGGUCACGGUACUAUCUCAUGUUCCAUCCACUUCCAAGAAACACCAAAAAACGCCUACCAAGAUGAUCCAGAAGCCUGCAGCCGGUGGGCCGGAAAAUCCUAUUUCAAUACCGGACGACGCAUAA